AGCAACAACAACCCACAACGUUCUAGUUUUAGCUGUUGUAAAACCAGGAUAAGAAGCAACAACAACCCACAACGUUCUAGCUUUAGCUGUUGUAAAACCAGGAUAAGAAGCAACAACAACCCACAACGUUCUAGCUUUAGCUGUUGUAAAACCAGGAUAAGAAGCAACAACAACCCACAACGUUCUAGUUUUAGCUGUUGUAAAACCAGGAUAAGAAGCAACAACAACCAACAAUGUUCUAGUUUUAGCUGUUGUAAAACCAGGAUAAGAAGCAACAACAACCUACAACGUUCUAGUUUUAGCUGUUGUAAAACCAGGAUAAGAAGCAACAACAACCAACAACGUUCUAGUUUUAGCUGUUGUAAAACCAGGAUAAGAAGCAACAACAACCAACAAUGUUCUAGUUUUAGCUGUUGUAAAACCAGGAUAAGAAGCAACAACAACCAACAACGUUUUAGUUUUAGCUGUUGUAAAACCAGGAUAAGAAGCAACAACAACCUACAACGUUCUAGUUUUAGCUGUUGUAAAACCAGGAUAAGAAGCAACAACAACCCACAACGUUCUAGUUUUAGCUGUUGUAAAACCAGGAUAAGAAGCAUCAACAACCCACAGCGUUCUAGUUUUAGCUGUUGUAAAACCAGGAUAAGAAGCAACAACAACCUACAACGUUCUAGUUUUAGCUGUUGUAAAACCAGGAUAAGAAGCAACAACAACCAACAACGUUCUAGUUUUAGCUGUUGUAAAACCAGGAUAAGAAGCAUCAACAACCCACAGCGUUCUAGUUUUAGCUGUUGUAAAACCAGGAUAAGAAGCAACAACAACCCACAGCGUUCUAGUUUUAGCUGA